AUGGAAGCGCCCGCCGGGGGGUUGGGGCGCACAAUACUCGUGGACAACUUAAUGGAAGGAAGAAUGGCGACUCGUCACUAUGCGCCAAGAGUGAAAUUCCCAAUGACAGGGGUAGAGCUGAAGUUUCCACUAAAGGGCUUAUGUUUGCAUGAGAACUUUUCAGGCGCUACCAAAAUACCAAUCAACCGAGACCCUUACAUGCAUGAUGCAGAACAAUACCCCAUUCAGGCAAGGAGAAGUCGAAUUGAGAAUGUGGUGAUUUCACAAGAUAGCUGUCUGACCCUAUCGUUUUUACCCCCGGUCAAGUCUAAUGCAGAAUUACUGCGUUCUUAUGCGCCAUCCGCAACUUCAAUGCAUGAAAAGUUGGACCAGCAGAGUAUCUCGAUGCACCCUUGGACGUUCUUGAAUACUCAAUCGGCCAAUGUAUGGCGAUGUGCUGCUAGUGAUUCUAGACGAAGGAUGAUCAGCUUCCCUCAACUCCCUGGCUGUUGUUGGUUUCAUGAUGGCAGAAGAAUUCAGGAAUAUAUAAGGGCUCGCGAUUUUGCGGAAAUCCGAUCACAAGCCUCUACAGUCUCCAAACUUAUCAGCCAUCUUCAGACUUCUUGCUGCCGAUAUAUCUUGCCUAUCACCUACUCCAUAUUAUCUCCUAUUACGCAGAUCAAUCCGACUAAGUUCUCCGUAUUGAUAAUGGCUCCAGAGAUACCACAUCAAAUGCGAACCCCACCGCCGAAUACUCCCGAGGAAUCAUUGGAGACUGUUGUCACAUCGACGAUGAAGAUAGGUUCAUCGCAACUAUCUGACGGAGUAGCACAUCAAGCACACCCAGAUAAGGGUGCUUCAGCGUCACGUCAGAAACUAUUGAGUGUAAGCUCCCCCUUCAUUACGAUAUCAAACCCUAGACCUCCAUAUUCCUAUACCCAGAUGGUGGGGACGUGGUGGCCAUAUGUUAGUAUGAGCACUCUGCAAGGCAGAAUCAGAUCUUAUCCGAACAAUCAUCGUUUCAUCCUCGGCACGAGUCUUGCAAUAGACAGGAAAAUCAACACAUUACUAACAAUAAUGACCCAGAAAGCUUAUAGGUAUCUUGACCAAGUCAGAGCCCAAUUCAUCGAUCAGCCGGAUAUCUAUAGUACUUUUCUCGACAUCCUAAAGGGUUCUAAGAGUCGAGUAAUCGAUAUUCCUUAUGUCGUCAGCCGUAUAUCCAAACUAUUUGCUAGGUAUCCUAGCCUUAUACAAGGAUUUAAUAUAUUCUUGCCUCCCGAGGAUCAAAUCGAAUGCGACUCUAGCAAUAACCCUAAUACCACUUACCAUUGUAUCGCAAGAUACGAAACAACUCCUAUCUCGCCUAUUAAUCCGCCUGAAAUAUUAGCUACCCCGUUGAAUACGCCGACGGAAUCAUCGGAGCCUGCUGCCCCAUCGAUAACAUAUGAGACCAGCACGCCAACCAGUAUGCUGUCAGAGCAAUUGGGCAUAGGGAAGAAGACGGGAUACCAAAUUGAAUACGGCGCUGGCAAUGACCCAAACACCAUCUGCGUCACUGACUGUCCUGUCGCAAAUAACGCAUUAACGCCGACACAAACUGCACAAGGGGGUGGUAUGAAUGGUGUUGCACCUCAGCAGCCAGAUACUGCAAAAGAUGCUGGGUCAUUCGACUCAUCGACGAUGAUGGAUCCGUGGAGCACGAGCCUGCCGCUCCCUCAAAUGCUCGCCAUAUUGGUACAACCGCCAGAACUCACUCGGCAGAAAAUAGAACUGUUUCCCCCCAUCGUGGUGCGGUUGUUGCAGCCCGGGGACAUGCCAAAUGUCUGCGCUACCGCGACACUGCUCAGCAAUGGCGUAGAUGUUACAGAUCAGCUCGGGGGAGAACUCAUUCAGUCUCCUAUUGACGGAACCUUUCGUUUUCCUGGGUUGACAAUCUAUGGACAAGGGGUGUAUCAUGUCAGGAUAUGCCUAUAUCGACUGGAUUACGACUCUUGUCUGCAAGGUGUGACCCAGGUCGGGUGUGUGGAUAACACUCUAUGGGUUAGACGGCCACUAUUGUAUCAAACAGUGAAUGCCAACACAUGCAUAGACGAUCACACUGCUUACUUUCCCAAUUUGACAAUUCAUGCAAGUUCAUUAGUUAUAAUCAUAGGGCAGAUCGAGUAUUCGAAGUAUAUGGUAUUUAAACCAGUUUCGGAUUUUACAUUAGAGGCUACAAAUUUGAAACAUAGACUCUAUAACUUCAGAGAUAGGUUAUUUCUGGAUAAGGGUAGAGUAUGGUUUGAUAAUGGGGAGAUUGAACAGGGUAAAAGCCUAGAUAACUCAGUCUUGCUUGGUGAUAAUAGGGAGCUAUACCGCAAAAGGACAGAUAGUAAGUUUAAUGGCUUGUUCGUGGGGUUGGAGAGAAGGGUGGCGAUGGUGGUGAAUGGCGACAAUGGCGUCACAUGCAUUGCGCAUAAUGUUUUGAUAUAA